AUGCCAACAGUUAAGGGAACAUCUAUGCAUUUGAAAAAAUCCGAUGAAGGUAACCAUGAGUUGAAUGCAUCAAAUGCAUCCAAAUUGAAUUUGAAGACCGUAAAAGGUAGUGAAUCAAAUAGUUCUGCCAAUCCAGUACUGCAAGCAAAGCCUUCCAAGCCUGAACUUGUAUACGUUUCAGAUCUUCCUUCGGGUAUUCCGCAGGAUGACCUCAAAAAAAUGAUUCAAACUCGUUUAUCGGAUGCUACUGACGUUCAGGCGAUCGGAGUUGAAUGUUAUCCGAAACUUGCCAUUGCUCUGAUUCAUUUGUCAAAUGAAAAAGAUAGAAACCGUUUGAUUUUGAAUGUACAAUCUUUGGUACUCGAUCCGCAACGAAAUAUUAACAUUUCAUUUAGUGAUAGUAUUGAACUUUUGUCUUAUAUUGUAAUUAAUCGAAACGGUACAACGAUUCCAUCCACUGACAAAGUAGCUCAACGUUGGAUGCAAUUAUAUAAGACAACUAAACUUCCUCGAGUGGAGAAGAGCUCCGAAGAGUUUCCGAAUAUUCUUCGGAUUGUUGCCCACAACCUAGACGAAUUGAGUCGUGCAGCAGAUGCAUCCACUUUUAAGAUCGAGAAAACAUCCGCUACCAUCUAUCCUCGUGCUGAAUGCAGUUUUCUUGAAGAUCUACCACCGAAUACUGAUGAAACGAAAAUUUUAACAGCGAUUGUUGCUGGGAUGGGUAUCAGUGAAGUUCUACCAUCUUCUAUUUAUGUCCAAUUCAACAAACAAACAGCGAAUGCUCUUAUCUUGGCAAGUCCAGAGGCACGCAAAUGGAUUCAACAUGGUUCUCUAACAAUCGAUGGGCGAAAUAUAUCGAAGAAAAUACAAUUAGCCUAUCGAUUAGUUGUUUCACCCGUACCACGUGACUUCAAUAUCGAUCUUAUUCUCAAUCAUAGAUUAUUUCAAAAUCGUUUUAGUGCAUCGAAGCAUAUCAAUGAUCACCUCAUCGUUGAAUUCGAUGAUAAGGAAGCAUAUGGCCAAUGUUUAGAGUUCGGAGUUUUACGUAUUGAUGAUAAAAUAAUGAAGAUUGACGCUCAUAGUCCAGCAAAUAAUCCCGAAAAUUGUGAAAUCGAUGCUGAAAAUUGGUAUGAGACAGAGAUGCGCGAUCAAAAACCAACGAUAAUGACAUUUGUCUAUAAUCCUCAACAUCCAAUUUUUCAUUAUAAAUGGAAUGCACAAAAUUGGUUAGAACAAUUUAAUAAAUUAUCCAAAGAUAAUCUAUUUUCGAAAAAGGAUGAUAUUAAACGGCAUUGGUUACGAGUGACUGUCAUGCUCAAUACUAUUGGAACUGUUCGAAGAAAAAGUUAUAAAAUUGGAACAAAAGAAGUUCAAUUAAAAUCUGAACGUUUGAAAACAAUUGUUUAUGAUCAUAAAUCAAAAUUAUCGAAUGAAAAAAUAAGUUCACUAAACGACAUGAAUACACCAUUUCCAUCAACAUCGGUCAAAGUUGUCAAUGAAGAUUGUCUUGUUAUUUAUCAACAAUUAGUUUCAGAAGGACGUCGACCAUUAUUAUUAAAUAUGGCUAAUAAAGAUAAUCCCGGUGGUGGUUAUCGGAAAGGCGAUGGUGCACAAGAAGAAAAUCUUUUUCGUCGUUCUGAUUAUUAUCAAAGUCUUGAUUUAGAAAUAGCUGACAAAGAUCGAUCCGAGCGACUCUAUUGUACAGAUAAGGGUUCAAUCAAACCGAUACCAUUUCAUGCUAAUCUAUAUCCAAUGGAAGAAUUCGGUGCAAUUUAUACAUCUGGUAUAACAGUAUUUCGUCAAACAGAAGACAAUGGUUAUACUUAUAUGGAUGAACCUUUAUACGAUGUUUGCUCGAUUGCUAUGGCUGCAUAUCGAGGACCCGACGUAAAAAAUAAUCGUAUUUUAGCAAAUAAAUAUGCAGCAGGCACGUAUAAGAAAAUUGAAAAUAUCUUUGCUAUUGCUUAUCAUCAUGAACAUGAUUGUCUGGUCUUAUCGGCUCUCGGUUGUGGGGCUUUUAAAAAUCCACCUAAACAUGUUGCAUCAUUAUUUAAAUCUACUAUUUUGAAAUAUGCUGGAUUUUUCAAUACUAUUUAUUUUGCUAUUGUCGAUGAUCACAAUACUGGUAAUCGAAUGAAUCCGAACGGAAAUUUUCUUCCAUUUCAAGAAAUACUCGACGGUCUCAUUGUACAGCCAUCGAAAACGAUACGAAUGAAUAUUUCUCGAGGCCCGAAUCGUAUCGCACAUGUGUCAACUGAUGGACGAGUAACAUUGAGUGAUGUUUAUAUAUUAGAUCGAUCACCUUGUAAUUAUGGAGCUAAAUGUAAUGAUCUUAAAGAUGCUCAACAUAAUCAAACUUAUUCACAUCCAUCAUUAUGUCCGAACUCAAGACCAACAGUUGCCUGUGAUCAAAUUAAUAAUGAAGUACACACAUAUUGUUUUAUUCAUCAUACUAAAUGUAAAUCUGGAGGCGAAUGUACUAAUCAAGAUCCGACACAUUUGCAAGAUUUUGAACAUCCUGAAUCUUGUAAAGAUGGUGAUCAUUGCUAUGACACUCGUCGUGAACAUUUAGUCGCGUAUCAACAUUUACCCAUUUGUCGAGAUGCGCUCAAAUGUCAAAAAUUUCUAAGAAGAGAUAACGAUCAUUGCAAAUACUAUCGUCAUUGCAAAUCGAUUUGUCCAUUUGAUAAUUGUUGUGUUCUUUUUCAUGAUAAAGAUCAUCUCGAUAAUACAAUACAUUCGUUUCGCCCACCAUGCCCUUUUACACCUUACAAUUGUCAAAUGUAUGUACAACGUAUACAAGUACCCACUGGCCAAAAAGCGUCUACACAAGUGGAAAAUCAUUGUCUUCAGUAUUCUCAUGUUUGUCGUUUCGGCCGACAAUGUAAUGAUCAAGAAUCAAUUCAUCUUGAAACAUCGAUCCAUAUUGCACGUCAAAUGUGUUUAAAUUCGAAUAAAUGUUCAAAACUUGAUCAAGAAGAUCAUUUAGAAAGUUAUUCUCAUCCAGAUAUUCGUGAUAUUCGUUUAUUUUGCAAAUUUCCAGGUUUUGAAUGUCAUGAUAAAUCGGACAAUAAUCAUCUGAGAAAGUAUCGUCACGGUAGAAAUUAUACUCAUAUCGGCAUAGCUAGGUUUAGUGGAUUUAACAAACAUGUCAAUUUUGGUAAAAAUCAAAGUCAACUUAUUCGUAGUAUCAAUGAGUAUGUAAAAGCGUCAAAUUGGAAACAGCAAAAACCAGCAGAGGAAAUACUUGAUUGGAUACGAGCCUUACAACCAGUUCAUCGAUGUCGAAAAGACAUAUUUGAGUCCAUUCUUGUUCUUGGUCAUGUUAUGAGUCGUUACUAUAUGCAAUUGCUGAGUAGUCCUGAACAUGUGUCUGACGCAGUUAUGCAGCAUAGUGAAGUACGUGAGAUAUUUCGCCGUCAUGAUGUCCCAGCAGUUAAAAAGGAUGCAUAUGGACUAAUUGAAUUACUUGUUGAGACUGAAUUUAAGAAAAAAGAAGUCAAAACAGCAAAAACGCUUGCUGGAGCUCAACCAGCAGUGCCACCGGAGUUUGAAUAUCGAACAAGUGUACUGGAAAAUAAAUUGAAAACAUCUCUUAAUCAUAAGGAAUUAGAGACUAUUCAUCGUUGCACAUCUAACAUUGCUCAAGCGUCAAUAAAUCUGCACUCGAAACCGAUGGGAAUCGGCUAUGAUGCUGAUCAAAAAUUAGGCACAGACAAACAAGUUUUCAGCAUUCUCGGUCCACAUCGUGGCACUUAUUAUGGUGAGAUAGUGAUUAUAUUCAAACAAGAGAUAAUGCUUCAUCCGGACGCUAACUUUUCAAUUCAAGCCGCUACUUCGUUCGAUAGUGGAAAUGCAUAUACGAAUCGUCCUUGGUUAACGGAUCCAGUCGAUUCAGAUAAAAGAAUCGAACAUUUUCAUGAGUCCAAAUUACACUGUUCUGUGCCUCUCUACGAGAAUGCAGCCGCAAUGGAGUUGAUUGCCUUGACUGGUCUUAAACAAAAGUCGAUGGAUGUUAAUCUAGAUGCCGUCAAGCAACGUUGGAUGGCUAUCGAUUCUCAUUUGGUAUUUGAAGGACACUUACCACAACUCAUUCCAUUGGAUUAUAUCGAUCGAAUUUACAUGCCAAAGAAUGCAUUUGACUCACUCUCUACUUCCGCUCAGACUUUAGCAAAGAGAGCUUUCGGAAAAACUUUGACUACCACUAAUCAUGCAACUCUUGCCGCUUACGAAAAAAAUGUAGAUGAGACGAUUCUUGAUAAGAUCACUCAAAUGAUCAAAAUUCCUCGAUACAUAAAAGGUACAGUAAUUACAUUAGCGGCUUCGAACUUUGAACAACAUGUCAUUCUACCAACAACUGUUUCUCAAUCAUACUAUCUUUAUCGAAUUGAGAAAUCUCAAGUAUCUGUUAAAGUCGAGGUUACAUAUAUCUAUUGGCAGAUCAUGUACGGUGAUAUGAUGCUGACUAUCGCUAAUCAGCAAAUAGAGCCCGAUAAAAGUCAACCAAACUUACAUUGUCUGAUUUGUUACGUUGCUGAACAACCAUCCACCACUUCUGACGACUAUCAUGAGUCAUUCUCAUAUUUGAACAAUGGUAUACCUUUCCAACAUGAAACCAAUGUUCAUAAAGGUCAAUUAAAAGCUAAAUCGAAUCGCUUUUAUCUUGGUUGUAAUACUGACAAUUUUCUUACAUUUUGCUUGAAAAUUGAACAUAACACAGGCAAGAUCAUUCUUUCACAUGCUGGUCCCAAUAGUAUAUACAAUCAUGAAAAGAUUGAAUAUCAAUUUCCGAAAAGCGAAUUAGAUAUAUCUAGAAUCGAUUUUAUUCAUAUCAGUGCCGGUAAACACGAUGUUCCCGUACGUAAUUUGACAAUCAACCAUGAACCUGAACCUGAAUUACAUCCGUCAUUUGACAAAGAUUUCAAGAGAGAUACUUCUACUUUAUUACCUAACGUACAUGCAACUUUGGUGGAUUCAAAAAAACCAAGUUUUAUUGGACAUCUUUUAUCCAUGAUCCAUAAUUCAAUCAUACCUUCGGCUUACGCUCCACCUGCUGCUUGUCGUCCGAUAUCAUCAACUAAAGCUCAUCCUAGGGCUCCUGGUCAAAGACAAGAGAGACAAUCAUCUGUGUUGAAUUCUCAAGUGGAAACAAAUAAACCAUCUGAUUUUCAGAAUUUCUUUAAUGCUCUAUGCUGUCGUGGUACAAUUGCAACAAAUUCAGUGGCACCUGUUCGUGACCCUAGUACAGUCACAACACAACCUAAGUCAUCAUUACCUCUAUGUCGUGAUUCAAGAUAUUGUUUACAUCAAUAUGAUUCAAAUCAUACAGAAAAAUAUUUACAUUAUUGUCGUUUUUCUGAAAUUUGUCGAAAUCAGGCCAUUGAACCGCAUCUCAUGCAUCAACGCCAUGAUGUUCCGAAGUGUUCUGAUGAUGAAAAUUGUCGCAAGCGAACAGAUCCACUUCACCGAGCUCGUUAUCGUCAUUCGAACCUACCUGAUUUUUUGAUACCAUGUCGAAAACAAUCGAAAUGUGAUGACAAUUCUGAUCAACAUCGAAUCAAAUAUUUCCAUGGUGAAAAUGUCGAUUCAAAAAAGUGUUAG